AUGUUUAUUUUUGGGCACCAGUUCAUUCCAGGAGGCCUUUUUGCCACGCCUUUACAACACUUGGCUCCCCCCUAUACACACACCAGAGUAGAUAAAGAGGUCAUCGAAAAGUUAAACAAAGACAUCAUAGAGGAGGAAAAUUUAGACAAGCACAAACCGCACGUCUGUCAGGAGCCACCAUAUGAGAGGGACUAUUCGUACUUAUGUCCCGAAGACUGGGUAAUGAACUCCCAAAAUCAGUGCUGGGGCAUAGACUAUGAUGGUCACUGUGAGUCGUUAAAGUAUUUCCAAGAUUAUUCUGCAGUGGAGAAAAAAGAAUUUGAGAUGAACUGCUGCGUCUUGUGGCCUAAGCUAAAAAAUGAAGGCAUGAGAAGAGCGCAGAAGAAGGACCUCUUAAGGGGAUCGAUAAGUUCAAACAAUGGGUUAAUAAUAAAACCCAAAUAUUUGUAA